AUGAAGAAAGCUCUCUCAGUUCGGGGCUUCAAUAGGGCGCUGGCGUCCGUGCCGUCCAUCACCCGCAGUACCGUGUGCGCCCCGCGAAGGGAGGGAAGAGGCUACUCAACUCAUGCCCCCAACGCUCGACUCAAUCUUCCAACUGACUACUCGACGACGUCUUUGUUAGCACACAGCUCGCAGACAGCGCUCAGCAGUUCGGAACUGCCUCCCGACGUCAAGAAUGGCACGACGAAACGGAUGAACCUGUUCCAGGCGAUCAAUGAUGCUCUGUCGACGGCGCUUACCGAGGACGAAAACGUCCUGAUGUUCGGCGAGGAUGUCGCAUUCGGCGGCGUCUUCCGCUGCACAAUGAAGCUGGCAGAGAACUUUGGGGGCGAGCGUGUCUUCAACACGCCGUUGACCGAACAGGGAAUUAUGGGAUUCGGCAUCGGGUUGGCGGCCGAGGGCAUGAGACCCAUCGCCGAGAUCCAGUUUGCAGACUACGUGUACCCGGCAUUCGACCAGUUGGUGAACGAGGCCGCGAAAUACAGAUACCGCGAAGGCGCUACGGGUCGAAGCGCAGGUGGUUUGACGGUCAGGAUGCCGUGUGGAGGCGUUGGCCACGGCGCUCUGUACCAUUCCCAGUCGCCCGAGAGUCUCUUCACCCACGUCCCCGGUCUGAGGGUCAUCAUGCCGCGGUCGCCCUUGCAGGCGAAAGGUUUGUUGUUGUCAGCCAUCCGGAGCAACGAUCCGUGCAUCUUCAUGGAGCCGAAGAUCCUCUACCGCGCAGCUGUCGAGCAAGUACCGACCAGUUCGUACACGCUGCCUCUCUCCAAGGCGGAGGUCAUCAAGGAAGGAGAGAAUGUAACCAUCAUAUCAUAUGGCCAGCCGUUAUACACUUGUCAUGCGGCGAUGCAGAAAGUUGAAGAGGAAUUGGGCAUAUCGAUUGAGCUGAUUGACCUGCGGACGCUGUAUCCGUGGGACAAGGAGACCGUCUUCAAGAGCGUGCAGAAGACGGGACGAUGCAUGGUGGUGCACGAAGCCAUGGUCAACGCAGGCAUCGGGGCCGAAGUGGCAGCGGCGAUCCAGGAAGACCCCUCGACGUUCGUACGGCUCGAAGCUCCGGUGGCGCGGGUUGCCGGCUGGAGUAUUCACUCGCCGUUGAUGUUUGAGAAGUUCAACGUUCCCGAUGUUGCCAGAGUAUAUGACGGAAUCAAGAAGCUCCUGAGUUAUUAG